AUGGUAUUCCCAAGCCCCGGGUGCCAAACCUGCCGAAAACGCAAAGUCAAGUGUGACUACACGAGGCCUCGGUGUCGGAAAUGUUUGACUGGCGAUAGGAAAUGCACAUGGGAUUCGGACGAGCAGACGGGUUUGCACUUCAGAAGUGAGAAUGCAUUUGCUAUGGGACUUCGUCGGCGUCCACCCAAAACAAGUGGCAACCCAGCUGUCCCGACUAAUAGUAUAAGCUCUGCAUUUACGCAGGUAUCGAAUAGCAGCAGAGUUCAACCAGCGCUGUCGCUGCCACUAGAGAUGCACGCGCUCUAUUAUUACGCAGACAGCGUUUCUAUGGAAACACACAUUCUAGGGGACCCUAGCCAUGAUUACGGUUUUCAUGUGCUUCCUCACUGGGAAUUGGCUAGUCCAGAGUCUUGUCUUCGUCUUGCGCUGACGGCUUAUUCACAUGCCGUCAUCGGGCGGAACAGGGGCAUAGAACAAGCUCUCAGCCUUGCCCAGAGAGUAUACGCAAUGACUGUGGAGAAGAUUCAGAGGGCGAUAGCGAGAAUAUCCGGCGAUACGAUCUAUCAAGUGAUUCUAGCCGUAAUGCUAAUGGGCAGCUACGAGAGUGUCAUGUACUUCUCCAGAGAAUCUACAUCAUCAUUACCUCCUGAUGCUGUCGGCUCUCGUUUCUGGGGGAUCAUCUGCCAUGAGAAAGGCGCGGCCGCUCUUCUCAUUGCACGCCGCGAGAGAGGCUUCGCGGCAAAUACAGAGUUGGAUAAGGCGAUUCGAAAGAAGUGUCUUCAUAUUAUUAUCCUUCGAGGAGGGCCAAUUCUAGACUGUUUAAAAGAUGGCAGGAGCUGGGGUGAAGACGGACAUGAGUUGCAAUUAGACUCGCUCAUGAUCCGCGUCUUGAGUUUGAGGCAUAAAUCAAUGUGUUUCCUGAGAGAUAUGGAUGCAGUAGAACCAGAAACAGUUGAUAAGGCUAGGUCGAUUGCGAUGGAAGCAUACACGUUAGACUAUGAUCUCGCUUCAUGGCCCCUGGGGCUUCCACAGAACUGGGGGUUUCAAAUCAGCCGGACACACUCACAACCGAGCUCGAACGUGGCUGAUGCCAGUGUGGGCAUUCCCACGCAUAAUUACCCUUCAAUCUGCCAUGCGACGAUAUGGAAUCAAUACCGUGCUCUUCGUCUAAUCACAAACGCUAUUCAGAAACGAGCUCUCGUCGCACUCCAGCCGCUUCUUGAAGGCUCUUUUCUCGACACGAAUAUAAAGAGGUGCCAGGAUAACAUUAACGACCUCGCUGUCGACUUGUGCAGUGGUAUAAAGUUUUUAAUCGCUUACCGUACUCCCAAUAGAGGUUCAGAAGCUACCGCGUUACACCAUAUGCCUUAUCCGAGCGUAGCUACAUUGCUUGCAUGGCCGUUGACAGUGGCUGUGAGCGUUGACGCCGUCCAGCCUCCAGAGAAGACUUGGCUGAAGAGUGCACUGAAGGUCGUUUCUCUCUCGUUGGGACAUUCAUUGCUUGAAUCCGUCGCUGAUCAGGGGGAGUUCAAGUUCUGA